AUGAAGCAUUUGUCAUCCUUCCUUUUCCUGGGUAUGCCUCAGAGGGCGAAGUUAGAGACUCAGAAUCAAACUCCUCGGGUACAGAAUGAGCAAACGGUCGCAAAUGAAGAUGAACCGUGUUCAAAAAGCGGGUUGGAAGGAGACACCGCCAUCCGAGCUCCUCCUAGAGAUUCCAAGCAGAGCAUUUCUUCAACAUUUUGCUCAUUCGAGGGCCUGUCCGGUCGAAAACUAGCAAUAACUUCGGGCUCCACCUUUUCCGACCCAGACACUCGCCGUUGGGAACCCCAAGAUGGGAUGACCUGUAGCAUCAAUGACAACGACAGGCAGCAGCGAGGAUCUCUCAACCGCACCAGCUCGGCUUCGGUCCGCUCCUUCACCGCUGCGACGCGAUCGCCGCUGACGGAAGCGCCUGAAGGCACCCUAACUGCCACACCUGUGAAACAAGGCCUUGAUGGCUUCUUUUCGCCGUCCUUGCCUCCAGGUAAUGAGAGUGAUCAGGACGACCUCGUCGGUUUCUCCAGCCAUAUGGAAGCAAACCAAGCCAUCAGGAACCGCGACCCAGUGAAUGCUGAUACAGAAUUCACCACGACCACCUCAUCACUGUCCCAAGAGAUGGACAUAUUUUCCUCCGGCGAGGAGUCGUUCGUGUUCAAUUCUCAAUCCCCACCAUGCAUCGACCCCGAAAGUGAACGAGAGAUUGAAAACCUGGCUUCAGGAGUUGCACAAGACUUGAUGCAAGGGUUCGUUUCUGCGAGCCGAGAGAUGAAACUAUGCACCCCUCCGACCCCGCAAGGAUCAUCGACAAGCUCCAGUUGUGGGGAGCAGGUUGCGGUAGGGUCUCGCCCGUCAACUGAACAGGCGACCGGGACAGCUCGAUCGUCCGAAAAGAAGAAACGGCGUGCACAUGACAAUAAAGACCAGCCAAGAAGACCACGGAGACCACGCAUCGAGAGUCCGAUCCCGGAUGAUGUUGCGUCAGAUGGUCUUCUUGCCUGUCCUUAUGCCAAAUACGACCCAAACAGAUAUUCAGAAAUGAACCAGAAUUUGCAUGAAAAAGCAUAUCGCCGAUGCCGAAGUGUAUGUCUGACAAACAUUCCCCGCUUGAAGCAGCACCUGUACAGAGUCCAUCGACGACCUGAAUAUUACUGUUCAUCCUGCUAUACUGAAUUCGAGUCGGAAAACGAAUGCGGUGUCCACGCUCGGGCCAGGCCUGCCUGCACUUUGAGGGAUUGCCCCUUUCAAGAGAAGAUGACCCACGAACAAUACAAAGCAGUCAAGCGAAGGAAAAUGCGCAGGGAAGCCACGUCCGUGUGGUUCGGAAUUUUCGACAUCCUCUUCCCUGGUGCAAAGCGUCCCCAUACUCCCUAUGUGGAUUGCGCAAAUCCCCCGGCCACAAUGCAGAGUGUCCGAGAUUAUAACACCUUCCUCGAGAACCAUCUACCCUAG